AUGUCCCUAGGAACCCUCUCCUACACGCCUGAAUGGAAAAAAGCAUACAUUAACUACCGCGCGCUGAAGAAGCGCAUAGCUGCUGUUCGACGAGCAGAGGAAGGGCAGAUCUCGCCCGAGCAGCUCAUUCUCAGUUCGCAAGCGGACCUGGCGGGCGCACGGUCCGACUCGCCCUCUGCGCUGGCGAACGAUGAAAGCAGGCUUUCAAUGGGCCUUUCACCUGAGCUCCUUCAGGAUGCCGCAGAAUCAUCUCCCGAGGGCACACGGAUCGACGAGGGGCGCAAGUCCUUCCACUCAGGCGACGGGGAGCCCUCGCUCCCGUCGUCGCGUAGCUAUCGGGUCAUCCACUCGGCCUCUUCGCGCCCGCGAGACUUUUCGAGGCGGAUGUCGAUGACGAGCCGCAAGUCUCGUCCGAGUACGCAGCGCCGCAACACGAUUAUCCACGGGCAUCACCAUCGCACGCCGCAGCCUUUCACGGCGCCAGCGACCUAUAGCGAGCUGCUGCCGCUGCUCUCGCCUAUCGAGUUGAACUUCUUCAAGUUGCUGGACGCUGAGCUGGAGAAGGUGGAGUCGUUCUAUCUUGAUCGUGAGAAGGAGAUGCAGGAGCGCACGGUUCUGCUGCGGGAACAACUGAACGAGUUGAAUGAUCAUCGCAAACUCUUCUACGCUGUUCACUCACGCGACGGACGCGCAUGGGGCGUCCCCUUCCCCAUCAAGCCCGACAUCAAACUCCGCCUCCGCGCCCCAAAGCCAAAAGCCAAGCUCCCAGCCGUCGACAGUGCGCCGAUAGAGAAGACGCUCACCAAGACGACGACGAAGAGCGGUGGCGGCUUCUUCGACUCGGUCCGCGGCGGCCUCGAAUCGAAUCGUGGCGGCGUCUUCGACUCUAGCCGCGAGCACUACCCCAACGGCGAGACGCCGGAUUCGGAAGAAGACAUUGAGGACCGUCUACCGCCUAGCCCGCCUGCGACGCCGGUCGAGCGGUCGUCGACGCCACCGCCGAGGAGGCGAGUCAUGCUCGACCCCGACGAAUACCAGCACGCGAAGAAGCGGCUGAAGAAGGCGGUAUUGGAGCACUAUAGGGCUCUACAGAUGCUGCACAACUACCGUGUAAGAGCGUCAUUGUUCACUCUGUUCAUCUGCUGA